AUGAAUAAAUCUGUUUUAUUAGAGAUGCAACUCAAGGAGGCUCUAGAUAGAGAGAUUAAUCUCAAAAAGCUUAAUGAAUCCUUAAUGCAAGCCAUGCGUGAUAUGGAAAAUUAAGAUAAGGGCAAAGAAAUUCAUUUGUUAAAUUAACUGCAUUAAUAAGAAUUAACCAAUCUGAAAACCACUCUUCAAGAAAAAAUCAUCAUUCUUGAAUAUCAAGUAUUAUAGCAAUAAUAUUUAAGCAUCGUAAGAAAUCUCAGGAGUUUAUAUAAUUAUAAAAUGAUUAUAACCAAUUAUAAUUAGACUAUUAAGAAUUAGAAACAAAGUAAGUACAAAUCAUUAAUACUUAGAAAAUGUCUAAAAUGUCCUGAUUUGCAAUAACAAUUGGAUUCAAUCAUAAAAUAAAAUGAGAUUGAAAAAGAAGGACUGGCUCGUGAAUUCACUGAAGCCCUUACUAAUCAGAAAUCUAUUUUCGAAUAUGUAUACUCACAUCUUACUAUCCAAUAGGAUUUGAAUUGUCUCAAAUUGAAACUGAAAGAGCUUACUUAUUAAUUAGAUUGCGAAUGCAGGGACAAAGAGAGAAUGGAAAAGACAGUUGAAGAAUUAAACAAGACUCAUGAAUUUGCAGUAAAUAUAACAAUUAAAUUAGUAAAGAAGCUUAAUGUAAUAAAUCGCUGAUUUAAACUAAGCACACAAUGAGACCAUCUAUUAGAACAAUCAAUAUCAGAUGAAUACUUAACAAAGAGAAUUAAUACAAGCAACAAAGCUUACACAAAUUGAAUAAGACAAAAUAAUCUUGGAAAAACAACUCUUAGAAUAUAAGUAAUUUGUUUAAUUCAUUUCUAUUUUAGGGAGAUCAAUUAUAAAUUAGAUUCUUAACUUAAAAUCUUGAGUCAACAAUUACAUGAUAAAGAAACUCAAUUAGUUGAAUAAAAGACUGAAUUAACGAAAAAGUUGCAUAAUGAAAAAAAAAUUGCUGAAUAAUGCUAAGUUGUUGCUCUUAAAUUGAAAAAUGAUUUUCAAAGAAAAUAGGCUCUCCUUUUUGAUGAGUCUCUCAAAAAAGAACAACAAUUAAAAACUAUUUAAACUCAACUUACAAGAUAGAAGAGCAAGAAUAAAUUCUAUGAAAAUGCUCUUUGUUAAGUUAAUCUCUAAGAAAUUAAGAAUUUAACUCCUAAAUAAAUUAAACACAAAAAAAAUAAUCUUUCUAAUGAUUACAAUUCUUCUCGUUAACCUGGACAUCAAAAAGUAAAUAAUUUCUAUAUCUAAGAAUACUUUAAGUCAAGGACACUUGGGUAUAAUUAAAUUAUUGCCGACUUCAAUUCAGAAAAGUGAAGCAGACUCUCUUCAUUUUAAUCUAACAGAUAUGCUCAAUUCAACUGAUUAACAAAGUUUGUCUUGUAGAUAAUCUAAGGAUGAUAUCGCGUACAAUAUUGAAUAAUUUAAUUAUGCGGCCAAAAUUGUAAUGUUUUUUAAUUUUAAUUUAAGACUUAAACAAAUGAAGAUUCAGUUACUCCAACCUAAAUAUUGACAGAUAGAUAAAUAUCUCCCAGGACUAGAAGUACUUUCUCAAUUAUAAUGAUUAAUAGUUCAAACAGUGAAUCCUAAGGGACCUAUCAAGAAAGUAAGGUAAAUACAAGCUGAUCUAUAUAAAGAAAACGUAAGUGUGAAGCCUAAAGUUUGA